UUGGUCGUGUCUUUUUUUAAAUAUUUCGAAAUCAGAAAUGUUAAGAAUUUCUUUUGGUUUUUUGAGUAAAUAUAGCCUAUGUAUUUCAAGUUUUCUAUUGUGUUUUGUCUAAAUUUCCCUUAUUUUUAGAAUAAUGUUACGUUCGUCAUUAAAUCUUAUUAAAAAUUUCAACAAAAUUGAAGCAACUUCCUUUUACCAUCAAAACGUCUUAGAUCAUUAUAAAAAUCCAAAAAAUGUCGGCUCUUUGGACAAAAAUGACCCUACAAUAGGCACGGGAUUAGUUGGAGCCCCUGCCUGCGGGGAUGUUAUGAAAUUGCAGAUAAAGGUUGAUGAGAAUGGGAAAAUUGUCGAUGCCAAAUUCAAAACUUUUGGUUGUGGAUCAGCAAUUGCAAGUUCUUCUUUAGCUACAGAAAUGAUUAAAGGACAGCAUUUGGAUUUUGCUGCAAAAAUAAAGAAUCAACAAAUUGCAAAAGAACUUUCUCUUCCACCUGUCAAAUUACACUGCAGCAGUUUGUUUUUUUCUGUUUUUAAAUGCUUAAAUUUACAUUUUUUGAGAAAUGAUAUUAUGAGAGCUUUUUAG